UCAGCUGUCAUCGUGCCGGAAGCAAAAGCAGCAAAAGAAACUGGAUCCCCGUUGACAGCUCUUUUCCAUCACAAGUAUGGCUCCGAAGAAACCGUCUGAGAAGUCCGCGGGCCAACCGGCCGAGAAAAAAGAGAAGAAGCCUGCAGCCGCCGCUGCAGCUUCAGGUUCUAAGCCAGCAACCGCUGAGAAGAAACCAGCCCCCGAGAAAAAACCGGCUGCUGCUCCUGCUGAAAAGAAGCCAGCCCCCGAGAAGAAGGCUGCUCCCGAAAAGAAGCCAGCCGCUGAAAAGAAGGCUGCCCCUGAAAAGAAACCAGCUGCUGCUGAGAAGAAGCCCGCUCCUGCUGCUGCUGCUGAAAAGAAGCCAGCCCCUGAGAAGAAGGCUGCUCCCGAAAAGAAGCCAGCCGCUGAGAAAAAGCCUGCGGCCGCUGAAAAGAAACCUGCGGCCGCUGAAAAGAAACCUGCGGCCGCUGAAAAGAAGCCUGCGACCGCUGAAAAGAAACCAGCCGCCGAGAAGAAGCCUGCGGCCGCCGAGAAAAAACCUGCUACCGCUGAAAAGAAGCCUGCUUCCGCCGAGAAGAAGCCUGCUGCCGAAAAGAAACCAGCUGAGAAGAAAAAAACCGCUGAAAAGCGUCCUGCACCAGCUGAUACCAAGGCUCCUGCACCGGAGAAGAAGAAGGCUACUGAGAGCAAGAAAACUCCGGCCGCUGCUCCCAAGACUGAACCGAAGAAGGAAGUCAAGAAAACAGCUGCUGCUAGUGCUGCAGGAGCCGCCAAGAAACCUGCUGCUGCCGCAGGAGGUACCAAGAAGACGGCAACUGCUACUGCAGCUUCCGCCAAAAAGGCCGCCGAUGCUGCUGCUAAGGCAAAGAAGACCGCAGCCGGUGACAAGAAGGCUGCGGCGAAAAAGCCUGCUGUUAAGAAACCGGCUGCCAAGAAGGGUGCCCCGGCUACCAAGAAACCUGGUGUAGUGACUGCUAAGAAAGUUUCGGCUACUGGCAAGAAACCAACAACCGGCAAGAAACCUGUUGCAGGAAAAGGUGCCACCGGAAAGAAACCAGUCGUCAAGAAGCCUGCUCCGGUCAAAGGCGAUAAGAAGGCUGUGGAGGCUAAGAUGCAGAAGGGAGCCGCUAAAGCUCGUGCUGCUGCUCUGCUGAGGGCUAAGCGAACCAAGACCAAGGUUGUCAAGGGUCCGUUCGGAACUGCCCUUCGCAAGAUCCGUACCACGGUUAAAUUCCGCCGGCCACGUACGCUGAAGUUGCCACGCAACCCCAAGUUCCCGAGGAAGUCGGUUCCAACUCGUAGUCGCAUGGACGCUUACAACAUUAUCAAGUAUCCACUGACCACGGAAGCGGCAAUGAAGAAGAUCGAGGACAACAACACGCUGGUAUUCCUGAUCCAUCUGCGCGCCAACAAGAACCAUGUGAAGGCCGCAGUUAAGAAGCUGUACGACAUCAAGGUGUCCAAGAUUAACACCCUGGUGCGGCCGGACGGCAAGAAGAAGGCUUACGUGCGUUUAGCUCGGGACUACGAUGCGCUAGACAUCGCCAACAAGAUCGGUAUCAUCUAAACAUCGGGGCCCGGUUUUUGGUUUUUGCUUUUGUAUGCCUAUCCAAUAGUUCAGUUUCUAUUCGUAAGUUCUGAUACCCCCCCGCGGAGCAAUCAGAAAUGUCAAGAAUAUUCCACCUCUAGAUGUGAGUUAAGAGUGCUGAGACCUGUGCGAAGCAAGAGAAUAUAAAAUUUACAAAAAUCCA